CUUAAACCGCUAUAUCCAGGUGUCUGUCUGGCAGCAAUUGCAUUGUGUAAAAUAUCUAUUAUCCAGUAGACAUUCCCUUCUUCACAGUGAAUCACCCUACAUAUUCUAGUUUUCAUACACGAGUGCCUACCUAGGUAGUACAAAAAUGGCCCCCGUCCUCCCCAUCAUCGACUUCGCCGACUGGCUCUCCCCCACCACCACGCAGGAGGAGAAAACCGCCGUCGCCAAAGCCCUAGUCGACGCCUGCCGGACCGUGGGCUUCGUCUACAUCAUCAACCACCGCGUGUCGCAGGAGCAGCUCGACGACGCCUUCGCAUGGACCAAGAAGCUCUUCGACCUCCCGAUGGAGGAGAAGAUGCUUGCCCCACACCCGGACGGGCCUGCCGUGCACCGUGGAUACUCGUGGCCGGGGCUGGAGAAGGUGUCGCAGGUUCUGGGGACGAAGGAGGACGAUGAGGGGAAGAUAGUUAGUGAAUUGAGGAAGGUUCAGGAUUGCAAGGAAAGCUACGAAAUCGGCUCCGAAGAAAACAAAGAACAACCCAACGUUUGGCUCCCCGACUCCAUCCUCCCCGGCUUCCGCACCUUCACCACAUCCUUCUACUGGACCUGCUGGGCCGCAGCACAGGAUAUCCUCCGUGCCCUCUCACUGGGCCUCUCCCUGCCCGAUGAGGAUUACCUCCUCCGCUUCCACGACGGCCACAACAACCAGCUGCGUCUGCUACAUUACCCGCCUGUGCCGGCGAAGGAGCUCGAGUCGGACACGUUGGCGCGCAUGCCGGCGCACACGGACUGGAGCUCUAUCACGAUGCUCUUCCAGGAUGAUUGUGGGGGGUUGGAAGUGCAGACGCGGCAGGGGGAGUUUGUCAAGGCUGAGCCGGUGAAGGGGGCUAUUAUUAUGAACAUUGGGGAUUUGUUGAUGAGGUGGAGUAAUGAUAUCCUCAAAUCAAACCUUCACCGUGUCACUCUCCCACCCCGCCAGGAUAGGUUCACGGGUGACGAGCGUCUCACGAGGGCGCGGUACUCGAUCCCCUACUUCGUCAGUGCGAAUGUCGACUCGGUCAUCGAGUGUCUUCCUUCCUGUACGGAUGAGAAGAAUCCGCCCAAGUACCCGCCCAUUCUGCAUCGGGACUAUAGACUGAUGCGCGCUAGUGUGCAGUAUGAAACCAAGGGUCAGAAGCCUGCUGCUGUGGCCUGAGUCAGCUUUCAUUUGCUGUGUUUGAUUUGUGAAUAAUAUGCUGGAAUAAUGUGACGAUAUGAAACCACCCCUGUUCUUGAUCUAUAUACAUGCAUAUGAGAGUGUCGGAAAAUGUGUGGCGGUCAAUCACCACUCGUCCCCUUCCGCAUGAUCUCGAGUGCCUCCUGAAAGAAUGACUCGAUCCGCAGUAAAGCAGGUCUUAGCAUCCUCAUACCUCGAUUAUCCAUCGUGGUAGCCAAGAAUCGAAGCGCGUGGUGGUAUGCUUCUAAAAGCGAAUACGACUCCUGCACCUGCUCGACCGUAGACGCACAGAGAAAGAGAUAUAUCAAGAAAUUUCCGCAAUGGACAAGAUGCGUCCUUGCAUCUAUUGCGAGGAUUAGCCUCAAAUCGCGUCCUGACGGUUAAUGACAAGGGAAUAAUAAAAGACGACUCACUUCGACCCCAGAAAGCAUUUAGAUCCGCAGGCUUGAUACUAGUCACUAGAGUUACAAAGGGUUUGAAUUCCUCCAAGCUGGACUGGAAAUAUCUGUUGAGGUUCGAGCAUGAAUUUGACUUCGCAAGCGUUGUUGCUGGAGACAUGAUUACUCGCAGCACCAAUGCUUUCACCGCGAAGAACGCUAAAUGAAGGGGCCCUAGUAGCAGUGUCAGCAUUCUUUGCUCUCCUUGACGAUGAAAACCACCAACUGUAUACACACCAUUUGAGCAUAUAUCUCCUGCGCCCGUCAUGAGAUCAAGUUUCAAACACCGUGGCAAAGUUGAAUACCAUGUGUCCAGUUCGGAUUUCAACAGAAAGACGGAAUGGUCGAUUACUCCGGGUUCUGUGCCCGCAGUAGGAAGCAGAGGAUUGCUACGGAUAGUGCUGAAGAAUCUUAGUAAAGGUCUACAACGAACUUUUCCGUCUCAGGAACAACUUACAACG